AUGGUCAGGAUGGAUGAGAAACAUAAGGAAUACUUCAGGCUGUACUACUUUCAGUAUAUGAUAACGGGCCUCUGUACGAUAUUAUUCCUCUAUUCAGAGAUAUCUUUGGUUCCUAGAGGCCAAAAUAUCCAAUUCAGUCUUGAUGACCCCACUAUCUCAAAGCGCUAUGUGACUAACGAACUAGUGGGCCCAUUGGGCUGCUUGAUUUUGAGUGUCGGGCUUAGUAAUUUAGUUGUUUUUUGGAGCUGUAUGUUCGACAAGGAUCAAUUAAAAAAGAAUAAAGUAACGUGGCUCAGGGAGAGGCCAGACGGCAUCUCAAAGGAUUUCCACUUCAUGCACACUAGUCUAUUGUGCUUGAUGUUGAUAAUAAGCAUCAAUGCUGCCGUAACGGGUGCCUUAAAAUUGAUUAUAGGGAAUCUGAGGCCCGAUUUUGUUGAUAGAUGUAUGCCUGACCUUCAAAAAAUAAGCGAUUCAGACUCUUCUGUUUUUGGGUUGGAUAUUUGCAAACAAACAAACAAAUGGGUUCUCUACGAAGGGUUGAAAAGCACGCCGAGUGGACAUUCAAGUUUUAUAGUAUCUACCAUGGGCUUUACGUAUCUUUGGCAAAAGGCGUUUACCACCCGCACCACAAGAAGUUACAUUUGGUGCCCACUACUGGCGCUAGUAGUUAUGGUUUCAAGAGUUGUUGACCACAGACAUCACUGGUACGAUGUUGUGUCUGGCGCUGUACUAGCAUUUAUAGUAAUUUAUGGUUGCUGGAAAUGGACAUUCGUCAGUGCGGCGAAAAGAGACAUUCUUCCUUCACCAGUGAGUUUGUAG